UAAACUUUGCCACUCAGUGAAAGAAGCUUUGGGGAGAAGCAGAGAGAGAGAAAAGACUCAUCCCAGCCACCAGCACUUCCCGGGGUUCACCGGGAACCCCCAGUUCGCAUCAGCAGAGGCCCUUGGAGUGGGACUUGGCUAUAGACAAAGCAGACAUGGCCUCCAGCUGCCAGCUGGGCAGCAUCGACAGCCUGGAGCUGCUGGAUCUGCUCUUUGACCGCCAGGACGGGAUCCUCCGGAACGUGGAGUUUGGGGGCCGCUCGGCCGGCUGGCCCGGGCCAGAGCAGAGCCAGCUGCCCGGUGCCCAGGAGAACGAGGAUUUCCUCAGCUCCAUCCUGGGCUCGGGGGACUCCUGCUCCAACUCCCCAACCUGGUCCCCUGCAGCCAGUGACAGCGGCAUCUCCGAGGACCCGAACUCGGACCAGCUCGACAGCCCCCAGCGCUACGUGCCCACAGGCAGCCCGGGGGGCUACUCGGAUGCGGGACCUGGCGAGCCGGCGCACCCCUACCGGGAGUCCUCCCAGGCCCAGCCUGCUCCCAGCCUGCCUGGGGCUGACCUGCGGGAGGCUGAAGUCUCCAUAGACCUCGACAUGUGGAAUCCUGGGUUUUUCUUGGAGAAGAGUCACGACCUGCCCGCUCCCGCUCAGAUCGCAGCUUCCUGCACCCUGACGGUGAAGGACCUGCUGCUGUCCAGCAGCUGUGAGAUGCACCAGCAGCUGAUGGCCCCAGCACUGCGGAGACAAAGUCCCGGGCACUGCCAGGAGCUGGCACUGACGGAGGACGAGAAGAAGCUGCUGGCCAAGGAGGGAGUCACGCUGCCCACCCAGCUGCCUCUCACCAAGUAUGAGGAGCGGGUGCUGAAGAAGAUCCGGAGGAAGAUCCGCAAUAAGCAGUCGGCUCAGGAGAGCCGGAAGAAGAAGAAGGAGUAUAUCGACGGGCUGGAAAACCGGAUGUCGGCCUGCACAGCGCAGAACCAGGAACUGCAAAGAAAAGUGCUGCACCUGGAGAAGCAGAACUCGUCCCUCCUGGAGCAGCUGAGGAAACUCCAGACCCUCGUGGUGCAGUCGACUAACAAAGCCGCCCAGACGGGGACCUGCAUCGCGGUGCUGCUCCUCUCCUUUGCCCUGAUCGUCUUCCCCUCCAUCAGCCCCUUCGCCCCCAGUAAAGCGGAGCCAGAAGGUGACUUUGGGCCGGUGAGAGUGUUUUCCAGGUCUCUCCAUAACGAUGCCUCCUCCCGGGUAGUCUACGCCCUGAUGAAGGAUGGCGCCGAGGGUCCCAAGGAGCCGGAGAAGCCCGUGUGGACGGAGUACGCCGGCGAGGCCCAGAGCGAGCCCCAGGGAGUCCUCCGCAAAUUCCUCGGCAGCCACGUGCUCGCCAGGCCCCAGGCAGAGGCUCCGCCGGCCAACGGGACGGGGGCCCUGCCACAGGAUGGACACUCGGACUUGGAGGCGCUCAGUCACGAUGGCCCCAUCGCGGCCUCGCUGGCCUGGACAGAGCCCAGCCAGCCCAGCCAGGUGCGGGUGGAGCCGGCCGAGGAGCUGUGAACACCCCCCCCCCGCCGUCUCCCCCAUGCCCGGCCAGCCACAGAGCGAGGGUGUGAGCGGGAGGGCCGGGAGCCGCUGGCCAGGACCCCAGCUGGGGGGCACUGACAGGAGUGCUGCCCUCGGGGGCCUGCCCGGGGCAGGGGUGGGGCAGAGCGCGCGUGAUGAAAGAGUGAGAGAGAAGGGGGGGUAAAAAGAGGGGGAGCAUCUGGCUCCUUGGAGGCUCCAGCAUUCGCCUGGCAGGGGAGCCUGGCCCCUGGGCAGCUGCCAUUUCACCCAGCGCGGGGCUGCAGGGGAACAAGACUAUCCAGCCCCAUCCAGCCUUCCACCCCCCCCGGGCUGGGGCACGGUCCCUGCCUAAGCAUGGGGCUCCCACCCGGUCCCCUGUAGAUUCCAUGGGCGGGGAGGUUUCCCUGCUAAUUGUCUGACAUUUCCCCUUUCCGCCCAUCUGGGACUGGACACUUAUCCCAGCGCCGCCCGUCCACCCCCAGCCCCUGCUCAAUAUUUGUGUCUCUUCUCUGUGCUCCCUCGCCGUGGGGAAGGCAGGUGGGGACCUGCACAGAGUGGCCAGGGCGCAGGCUGCUCCGUGGAAAGGGAUGGGUCGGUCCCCUCCUGGCCCCACAGCCCGUGGCUUCUGGGUGCGUAGCCCAAAAAUCACCUUGAAGGCCUGGGGAGGUAGGCAGAAACUGGGCCUCCCUGCAGCUCCACUUUGCCAGCAUCUGGGGCAGCCUGAAGCGGCUGCGGGGAGGAGGGUGAUCCAGAGGCAGCGGGGAAGGGGACCGUGCAGUUUCCAAAGGGGAUUCGAUCCUGUCGAGAGGGGCGCAAGGGGGAGCUGGGGCCCCUUGUGAAAAGGGCAGGGGAAGGGCUGGAAAACCACGGGUUGCUCUCCCCAGCGUGUGCGGGGAAAGCAUCGCCCGGUCAUAAGCUGGUUAAUACUCCAGGAAGGCCCCGGGGACAGCGCCUAGGAUGCAAGCGAGUUGGGGCUCGAGCUGUGCCUGCUCUUAGCACUGCCUCUCCUGGGGCACACGGAGGGGGUGGGGAGUUGAAAUGGCCAGGCACAGCCGGGGGUGGGGGGGCCACAACCCCUCAGGAGCCAAGAGCUCGCACCCGAGUUCGGCGAAGCAGAACUGACCGCGCCUGGCAGCUGCGAUGCACCAGGCCCCGUCAGCCCCGGGCUGGGAUCCAGCUUAGCUGCCAGGCUGAGGGGGAGCAUCUGGAGGGGGGGGGGUGCAU